AUGGUCCGUGGAGGCGCGCUGAAGCUGAGGAGCGAGAGACUGGCGGGAGCUGUCCGCGGUGCUGACGCCAUCUUUACCCGGAGACGGGAGAGCGCGCGGGAGAGGCGGACUGGAACAGGAGAGAGAGGGGGAGAGAGGGAGAGACAGUCUACAAAAUCUCCAUACUUCCCCUCACUCCCCCUGUCUCCCUCUCACUCCUCCUCACUGCUCCUCACUCUUCCUCUCACUCCUCCUUAUCACUCCCCCUCACUCUCCCUCACUCCUCCUGUCUCCCCCUCACUCUCCCUCAUUCCUCCUCACUCUCCCUCACUCCUCAUCACUCCUCCUGUCUCCCCCUCACUCCUCAUCACUCUUCCUCACUCCUCUUCACUCCUCAUCACUCCUCCUCACUCCUCCUGUCCCUCCCUCAGAACAUACAAGCAGUCACACAAACUGGGGACAAAAUGA